UAUUCCAUUACGUACGGAAAAAUUGGAUAUUUUUUUUUUAAAUGGAAAAAAAUUAUCUCAACAACAAGAUAGGUUUUCAGAUUAUGCACAUAAAAGCACGUGUCUAUCUUUUUCCCACCAAACUACACUAAUAAAAAAAUAAGAAAAAAAAAAAAAAAACAUGUUGACAGGUAGAAUAAUAAAGUCAACUUUGCGUAGAAUUAGAUAUCAAAAUUUUCACACUGAUUGUCCAGGUGGUAAAUUAAACACUGAAAAAUGGGAUUUAACAAAAAUUCGAAAUAUUGGAAUAAUGGCCCACAUAGAUGCUGGAAAAACAACAACAACGGAAAGAAUGUUAUUUUACUCUGGAAGUAUAUCAAACAUGGGUGAGGUUCAUGAUGGUAACACAGUGACUGAUUGCAUGGAGCAAGAACGUCAACGAGGAAUAACAAUAUCAUCAGCAGCAGUAACAUUAAAUUGGAAAAAUUAUAAAUUUAAUAUAAUUGAUACACCUGGACAUAUUGAUUUUACAAUGGGUGUUGAACAAACACUUGGUGCACUUGAUGGAGCAAUUGUUAUUCUUGAUGGAUCAGCUGGUGUUGAAGCACAAACAACAACAGUAUGGCGUCAAGCUGAUAAAUACAAUAUACCAAGAAUUGUAUUUAUCAAUAAAAUGGAUCGUCUUGAUGCUGAUUAUUCAAUGUGUUUAAAAUCAUUAGAAUCAAAAUUUGACAUUAUAACAUUACCAUUACAAAUACCAAUCAAAAAUAAUGCUCAUAAACUUGAAGGUGUUAUUGAUCUAUUAACACUUGAAAAAGUAUUAUUUAAAAAAGAUAAUUAUGGAAGAGUUAUUAUCAGAGAUAAGUUGAAUGAAAAUACUGAUGAAAAAUUAUAUGAAAUUGCUAUGGAAAAUAGACGUCAACUUGUUGAUAAAUUAUCAAAUAAUGAUGAUGAUUUAGCUGAUAAAAUAAUUGAAGAAGAAUCAUUAGAUAAAAUAAGUAGUAAAUUAAUUAUCGAAUCAAUUAGAAAAACAACAUUAAAUAAAAAAGCAAUACCAGUAUUAUUAGGUAGUUCAUAUAAAAAUAUUGGUGUACAACCAUUAAUGGAUGCUGUUAUACUUUAUCUACCAUCACCAAGUAAUAAUGAUAAAACAAAAAUAUACAAUUGUUUUGAGGAUAAUUUUUCAGCUCGUGUAUUUAAAAUUGUACAUGAUAAACAACGUGGACCAAUAACAUUUUUUCGUGUAUUUACUGGUAAAUUAUUAAAAGGACAAAAAAUAUAUAAUAUUUAUAAAUCAAAAAGUGAACAAGGUACUAAACUUUAUUCAGCAUAUGCUGAUGAUUAUGAAGAAAUUGAAGAAGUUAAUCAAGGUAAUAUUGGAGCACUUGCUGGUUUAAAAACAACAACAACUGGUGAUUUAUUAACAACAAAUUUAUCAUCAUAUAAUAAUGCUAAAAAAAAAAUUAAUCAAGAUGAUAAUAAUAAUAUAUUUAUACCAACAAAAAUACCAGAUCCAGUAUUUUUUUGUUCAAUUGAAUUACCAUCAAUGUCAUAUCAAACAGCACUUGAUAUUGCAUUACAAGAACUUGAAAGAGAAGAUCCAAGUUUACGUGUAACAUUGAAUGAAGAAACUGGACAAACUGUUUUAUCUGGAAUGGGUGAAUUACAUAUUGAUAUUAUCAAAGAAAGAAUUAAAAGUGAAUAUAAAAUUGAUGUUGAAUUGGGUCCAUUACAAAUUGCAUAUAAAGAAACAAUAACAAAUAGUAUUAAAGAUACAUUUUUGUUACAUCAUAAAAUUGGAACAGUUAAUCAUGAUGUAAAUAUAACAAUGUCACUGAUUCCAAAUUACAUAUGUAAUGAUAAAAAAGAUAUUUUAUUGCUUGAUAAAUCAAAAGACAGUGCAUCAAAUAUAGCAUCAAUAUAUCCAAAAACAAUGAGUGCUGUUAAACUUGGUGUUAAAUCAGCACUUGUUAAUGGAUCAAAAUUAGGUUGUCCUGUUAUAAAUGUUGGUGUCAAGUUACACUGGCUAGAAGUUGGUAGAGGUACAUCUGAUACAAUGGUGUCAUCAGCUGUUAGUCAAUGCAUCAGAAAGAUGUUGAGUGAUGCUGGAUCAAUUUUAUUGGAGCCAAUAAUGCAGCUGGAAAUUGUUGUACCUGAAGAAUACAGUUCAACUGUUAUGAAUGAUUUGGGAAGAAGACGAGCUCAAAUUCAAGAUAUAACUGUCAGAAGAAAUAACAAAGUACUGAGAGCUUUGACACCACUCAGUGAACUUCUUGGAUAUGCAACGAAUCUUAGAAUUAUCACAUCUGGAACUGGUACAUUUACCCUUGAAUUUCAUGAGUAUCAAUCGAUGACCUCACAAGAUGAACAAAAUGCCAUUAAACGAGUUACAGGUUUUUAAAAAAAUCAAAUUAGAUACAUGUUAUCAUCUGUAUAUAAAUACAUAAUUAAAAAUAAUUAAAAAUUUUAAUUUUUUUUUUUUUCAUUGUCUUUAAUCAAACUAGACAAAAUAUAUAAAUUUACAUACAUCGUAUCAAUGAUUUAUUAAUGACACAUUAAUUUUUCGUUUUUUUAUUUUAAAAAAUUUUACAACUACUGACAACUAAUUUACCAGCCAGCAAUUAUUAUUUUAUUAUUCUACUCAAAUAUAUAUUAAUAUUGCUUAAUUUAAGUCAUGCAAAAUAUUUCUUUUUCUUUUUUUCAUUUUUAUAUAAUAUAAAAUAUCUCACGUUGAUGGAGGGAUUAAGUUAUAUAAUUCGAUUUUUUUUCACCUAAUUUAUAUCGUUAUAAAUAAAGACUGAAUAUUUAAAUUUUAUUCAUUUUUUUUUUUUUCUUUUUUUACUGUCAUGAUUGCAGGAAUUUUUUAUUUUUCGUGUAAAAAUUUUAGCGUGUAAAUUGAGCAUCAACUUUCGAACUUAUUGAAUUUUAUUUUUGAAAAUAAUAGAUUUUAUUUUUGUAUAAAUAAAAUUUAAUGUCGCAAUUUGAAUUGAUUGAUUCUUUUUUUAUAUUUAAAUUUGCUUUUCAAUAAAUACCCAGUAAUUUUUCACAAUCAAGCAAAUUUAAACGUGACAUUUUAUUUAUAUAAAUAAUUUAUUAAAAAAUCAUUUUUAUUAUUUAUUUAAUUAUGCAAAAUUAUUAAAUUAUCAUUUAAUUUUUUAAUUAUAUUCCAUUGAGCUAAACAUAAUUAAAAAACAUACAAAUUUUAUCAUCAAAAAAAGUCUUAAAUAUUUACUUUCAGACAUAAUGUUUAUUUUUUCCAUUGAAAAUUUAUUUUUACCAUGAAAAUAAUUUUAUAUAAUUUUAAUAAAUUAUUGUAUUUCAAUAACAAUGAAACACUUUAUCGCGACUUGUGUAUAAAAAAGCCUUUUUAUUUUUAAACAUCGUAACGAGGCUAUAUCGAAAAAAAAAAAAAUAAAUUAUCAAUAAUUUUUAACCACUCGAAAGGCAACAGUUAAUUAUUCAGUUCAAUUGAAAAUAAAUUUUCCAAAACCUUACAAAUAAAUUUUCCCAAAAAAAAAAAAAAAAAAAA